AUGUCGACUCUUACCACCACAACACUCAAGUCGGCGUAUCCUCCUAUUUUACCCCCUCCAUUCACUGCCAACCAGCCUGAGACGAUCCGGCUUUACCCUUUAUCAAACUACACCUUCGGCACCAAGGAAACACAGCCAGAAGAAGACCCAUCGGUGGUAGCGAGGCUGAAGAGACUGGAAGAGCAUUACGACAAAUAUGGCAUGAGACGUACUUGCGAAGGCAUACUGGUUUGCCAUGAGCACAACCAUCCGCACGUACUGAUGCUGCAGAUUGCAAAUGCCUUCUUUAAGCUACCGGGAGACUAUCUUCCUCACGAUGCAGACGAAAUCGAAGGCUUCAAGAUGCGACUGAACGAACGCCUGGCUCCGACGAACCCGAAAGAAGGAGACACAGAAUGGGAGAUUGGCGACUGUCUGGCACAAUGGUGGCGCCCCAAUCACGAAACUUUUCUCUAUCCAUUUCUCCCCGCUCACGUCUCGAGACCGAAAGAGCUCAAGAAGUUGUAUUUCAUACACUUGCCACCCAGCAAAGUGCUCAGUGUGCCGAAGAAUAUGAAGCUACUGGCCGUCCCUCUGUUUGAGCUGUACGAUAACACCGCACGGUAUGGGCCGCAAUUGAGCGCGAUCCCACAUUACCUGUCGCGGUACCGGUUUGAAUUCGUCGACGAGGAUGGGAAUGUGAGUAGCGUCAUGCCCGGAGCUGGAGAGAUGCCGGGCUCAGAAAAGACAAUCAAAAUACUUGCUGGGCAGCAGCAGGAGGGGGAGGUCAAGACGGAGGUCAAGACGAAGGUCAAGACGGAGGUCAAGGGCGAAACUAAUACCAAUGCCGAUGCCGAUGUGAAGAUUGAAAAUGGGGACUGA